AUGCUUCACAUCCGGAUAGUGCCGUACCAAGAAGCCGAAGCCGAACAGUUCAUUCGAAUCGAGUUCAACUUCCAGAUCUCAGACACAGGGACAAUCAGCAUCCACAUGGCAGAAUGCUCGAUUGGUGCAUUAAUUGGUGGUCUCAAGGAGGAUUUGAGAAGUAUGUUUGGAGACCCUGCACACCAAGAAUGGUUUCACCGGACCAGGAAACUGAGCAACGACAAAACGCUGAAGAGUUCCGGCAUUGAUGGGAGAGACAGAAGCUUUGUACAGAUCUAUGUGAGACAGACUAACCCCGAUACGUGGCAGUAA